AUGUAUUUUACUUAUACAAUUAAUGUAGCUGAUCCAUCAACGGCCUAUCAUUCUCUUGUUGCAUUGGUAGCAGAAGAUAAUCGUCAAUAUGAUAUUAUUUUAUCUAAUAUUGUAAUGACUUCAGAUCGUAUGGUUAAAGUUGACUUUUCAACACCUUUUCAUGAAGAUACUUUCCGAAUUAUUACUCGACUAAAUCCAUAUUCAUCAUCACUGAGUCUUUUCUCAUGUUUUAAUCCAUUCACUUGGGAUGUAUGGGUAGCAAUAUUUGCAGUUAUUAUUUAUUCCAGUAUUAUUAUUUAUGUUUUUGAACAUCAAUAUAGAAAUAUUGAAAAUAAUCAAUCUGAAUUAAAGACUAUUUUUAUUGGUUUAUAUGCAUUAGGCAUGAUUCUUGUUGCAAUAUAUACAGCUAAUUUUUCGUCUUUUCUUACAUUAAACCGUGGUCAAUCAUUUAUCUCUGGUGUUGAUGAUAUCAAAAAUGGUCUUGUACCUUUUUCACGUAUUGGUAUUGUGACUAAUUCAGCUGUAUCCGAUUAUUAUAUAAGAAAUAUUUCUACUCAUUACUAUUCUCUUUCUAGUGUUGAAGAAACAUACUCACGAUUACUUGAUCAUACUAUUGAUGCAUCUAUAUGGGAUUCAUCUAUACUUGAAUAUGCUGUUAACAAUUACUAG